AUGGUGUUCGAAGCAUUCGAAGUCGGUACCGUUCCUUUCAAUUCCGAUGGUUGGGGUCCUCCAGAUGCAUCCGACACUUCUUCCUCCGCUUCCUCCACCAGCGUCGCGGCGGCGAAUCUCCUCCCCAACGUUCCCUUCGCUUCCUUCUCUCGUUCCGAGAAGCUAGGUCGUGUCGCUGAUUGGACACGAGCUCUCUCAAACCCCUCUGCUCGUCCUCCUACCGGAUCUAAAUCAGAUCCGUCAGCGCUCUUCGAUUACUCAGCUUUUGCAGUAGAUGAAGGAUUCGGUCUCGCUAAUUCCGGUGGAAACGCCGAUGAAGACGCAGCUUUCCGAUUGGUUGAUGGAAAACCACCGCCUCGUCCCAAAUUCGGACCUAAAUGGAGAUUCAAUCAGUACCAUAACAGGAAUCAGCUUCCUCAGCGUCGUGAUGAAGAAGUUGAAGCUAAGAAACGUGAAGCUGAGAAAGAUCGUGCUCGUCGUGAUCGUCUUUACAAUCUUAAUCGGAACAAUAUUCACCAGCAACGACGUGAAGCAGCCGCGUUUAAGUCUUCAGUUGAUAUUCAGCCGGAAUGGAAUAUGCUUGAGCAGAUACCUUUCUCUACUUUCUCUAAGCUUUCGUUUACUGUUCAGGAACCUGAGGAUCUGCUUCUAUGUGGUGGUCUUGAGUAUUACGAUCGGACUUAUGAUCGUAUUACUCCUAAAGCUGAACGUAGGCUUGAGAGAUUCAAGAACAGGAGCUUUAAGGUUACUACAAGUGAUGAUCUUGUGAUAAGGCGUCUCGCUAAAGAAGAUAAAGCUACUGUUUUUGCAACUGAUGCUAUUCUUGCUGCUCUUAUGUGUGCUCCAAGAUCAGUUUACUCGUGGGAUCUUGUGAUUCAACGUGUUGGGAAUAAGCUUUUCUUUGAUAAGAGAGAUGGGUCACAGCUAGAUCUGUUGUCUGUUCAUGAAACAUCUCAAGAGCCUUUACCUGAAGGUAAAGAUGAUAUCAAUUCUGCUCAUUCUCUAGGUGUGGAAGCUGCUUACAUCAACCAGAAUUUUGCUCAGCAGGUUUUGGUGAGGAAUGGGAAAAGAGAAACUUUUGAUGAGCCAAUUCCAAAUGUUAAUGAAGGUGAGGAAAAUGCUUCUAUUGCUUAUAGGUAUAGGAGAUGGAAGCUUGAUGAUAGUAUGUAUCUAGUUGCUAGAUGUGAGUUACAGAGCACUGUUGAACUCAAUAACCAGAGAUCAUUCCUCACUCUGAAUGCUCUUAAUGAGUUUGAUCCUAAGUACUCUGGUGUUGAUUGGAGACAAAAGCUUGAAACUCAGAGAGGUGCGGUUUUAGCUACUGAGUUGAAGAACAAUGGUAACAAGUUAGCUAAGUGGACCGCACAAGCUCUUUUGGCUAAUGCGGAUAUGAUGAAGAUUGGUUUUGUUUCGAGGGUUCAUCCUCGUGAUCAUUUCAACCAUGUUAUACUAUCGAUUUUGGGGUAUAAGCCGAAGGAUUUCGCUGGGCAGAUCAAUCUGAACACUAACAACAUGUGGGGUAUUGUGAAGUCUAUUGUUGAUCUGUGUAUGAAGCUGAGUGAAGGAAAGUAUGUUCUCGUGAAGGAUCCAUCGAAGCCUCAAGUUAGGAUUUACGAGGUUCCGGCUGAUGCAUUUGAGAAUGAUUAUGUGGAAGAGCCUCUCCCUGAGGAUGAACAGGUUCAGCCAACUGAAGAGAGCACUGAAGGAGGAGCAGAGACUAAUGGAGCUGCUUCUGCUACUAAUGAAACUGCAGAGGAUAAGAAAUCAGAAGAUCAAGCCUGA